AUGCUGGUCACUGUGAACACCAGUAAUGAUAUAAAGAGCAGAGCCAGCAAGGGGCUGGCAGGGCUUGCCGGCCCCAACUGGCUGAACAUAGAGGAGGUGUUGCCCGCCUUCCAAGUUCAGGCGAAGAUGCAGGCCCAGCGCUUCAAAGAUCAGACGUUUGAGCAAUUGGAGAAGUUAGUGCAAAUCAAAGUGUUGGAGGAAUUCUUGGAUGUGGCCAUCAAGGGCAGAAAAGGGAAGCUGCCUUACAACAGCCUGCCAGAUCAUGACAGCGUGGUGAGAAUUGCGCCGUGGUUCCCUGCUGAUGUUGCAUACAAGCGGCCUCGUGAGAUGGAGCCUGUAGAAUCAGCAGAGGUUUUCAAAGCCAUCAUGGAGCAUGCAGCCCAGCCAGCCAAUGAUUUGCUCUUGAAGCGCCUGACCGCAAAGGUGGGCAGUCUUGGGUUUGACCCGCUCGCCCAGCAGGCAAUCCUUGCUGCAAUGCGACGUUUCAACGGCUCAGUGGGCAAUGAUGAGGUGCAGCAGGACGUUGCAGGUGAUGCUAGUGCGCCUGGAGUUGUGAAGGUGGAUGGACAGUGGCUGCUGGACGGAGAGGGCACAACACAGGGAGGCAUCAAACAAUGCCAAGUCAGCCUACUACCACAGGCAGAGCAUAACAAGAUGUAUGUGCGGGACGGCACUAUCACUUUGUGCAAAACCACAAUAGCCCUGCAUGACCUGCACAACGCUGUGCACGCUGCUGGAGUGAGCAGUGAGGGGACCCCAGAUGCCACAGCAAGUGGUGAGGAUGCUCAGCUCAGCGCUGGGGCUGUGCCGGACGGCGGUGCAGAUGUCGCUGAGGGUGGAGCUGCCAGUGAGCUUGCGGCCAGCGGGGGCUGUCAAGGCAGAGAUCUGCCUGUUCCGAGCGACAGUCCAGCGGAUGGGGCUGGCGCCGCCGCAGAUCUUGGGAGCGAUGCGGGUGUGCAGGUCAGUGGUGGAACCGGGGUUGCCACAGAAGGCGGGGAUGGCGUUGCUGGGGACCCUGAUGCAGCGGCCUGCUCAAUGGAGGAGCGCAGCACCGUCAGGCAGCUGAGGCAGAGGCGCGUUGGGUCUGCGCUUCCUGCUGGAGAUUGCGCUGCAAUAGAAGGCGUGCCUGCUCCUCCUCGCCCAGCUGCUUAUGGCAGCACCACUCGGCGUGGGGCACGGCUGGCAGGGGGGGCAAGGAUUCAGCAGACUUGCGGCCAAGCAGCAUCAACGGGGGGACCUGCUGAGACCGCCACCAUACCUGUCAGGCGCGUGCACUGGGCUGAUGCGGCGCAUGACAGCACAGGUGACGUGGCUCGGCUGGGCAACUUCCCUGGCAGGGUAUGCACUGCCUCCCCUGCCACACCAGGCACCAUGGCAGCUGCACAUGUCCUGUCAAUGGAACUGCCUGCCGGAGUUGCACCUGCAAGGAAGUCCAAGCGUCCCCACAAGCCAUCCACUAGAAUCACGGCUGUGGCCUACGGCCCAUGA